AUGUCGGAUUUUAGAACCAACGUGAUCGAUCUGGUCGGAAACACCCCCAUGGUCGAGUUGACCAAGUUGCCCAAGGCUUUGGGCAUCAAGCCACAGGUUUAUGUGAAGCUCGAAUUGUACAAUCCAGGUGGUUCGACUAAAGAUCGUAUUGCCAAGAAUAUGAUCGAGUAUGCGGAAUCGCAAGGUUUGAUUUCCCCAGAGAAAAGUACACUGAUUGAGCCAACGUCCGGUAACACCGGGAUCGGUCUCGCCCUGAUCGGUGCCAUCAAGGGUUACAGAACUAUCAUCACUUUGCCCGAAAAGAUGUCCAACGAGAAAGUGUCCGUAUUGAAGGCCCUAGGUGCAGAGAUCAUCAGAACCCCCACGGAGGCCGCGUGGGAUUCUCCAGAGUCUCACAUCGGUGUCGCAAGACGGUUGGAGAAGGAGAUUCCAGGCGCUGUCAUCCUGGAUCAGUACAACAACAUGAGAAACCCAGACGCCCACUAUUUCGGUACCGGUAGAGAGAUCCAGCAGCAGUUGGAACACUUGGGGAAGUUCGACUCCUUGCGUGCCGUCAUCGCCGGUGCAGGGACAGGUGGCACCAUCUCUGGUAUUGCCAAAUACAUCAAGGAACAAAACUCGGAUAUUCAGAUCGUCGGUGCUGACCCUGUCGGGUCCAUUUUGGCGCAACCAGAAUCCUUGAACAAAGCUGAUAGUGGAGAGUAUAAAGUGGAAGGUAUCGGUUACGAUUUCGUGCCACAAGUCUUGGACAGGUCUCUCGUGGACAAAUGGUACAAGACCGAAGACAAAUCUUCCUUCAUAUACGCUCGUCAGUUAAUCUCCAACGAGGGUGUCCUGAUUGGUGGGUCCUCUGGUUCCGCGUUUGCCGCACUAGUCAAAUACUGCGAGGACCACCCAGAGUUGACCGAAAAGGACGUUCUAGUGGCCAUUUUCCCAGAUUCGAUCAGAUCGUACUUGACCAAGUUUGUCGACGACGAGUGGUUGAAGAAGAACAACCUAUGGGACGACGACAUCCUAAAGCGUGUCAACUCCAGUGUCAAGGCCACCACGAACACUUCCAACGAUAUCUUCAAAGGUGCCACUGUCAAGGACCUGCACUUGAAGCCCGUCGUUGCCGUGAAGGACGACGCGAAAGUCGCAGACGCGAUCAAAGUUUUAACGGAUAACUCCUUCGACCAAUUGCCUGUGCUAACGCACGACAACAAACUGUCCGGCCUAGUCACGCUGUCGCAACUACUGAAGAAAAUCUCCAGUGGGGCAGUGACCAAGCAGGACUCUAUCAAGGGCGCGUACCUGGACUUCAGCAAGCUGAACAACUUUGACGAGGUGUCCUCUUACAACGAAAACAAGAGCGGCAAGAAGAAGUUCGUUCAAUUCAACGAGAACACGAAACUGUCAGACUUGAACAACUUCUUCGAGAGAAACUCAUCAGCCAUCAUCACGAACGGCCUGACCCCGAUCCACAUCGUCACCAAGAUGGAUCUGUUGAGCUAUCUGGCAUGA